AUGUUUUUAAAGGUACAACACGCAUAACUGAUUAAAGUAGCAGCUAAAACAUUGUCAUUCAAUUAACUUCUAUUAAAUCAUUAUCUCCAAAUGACUUAGUAAUUUAGCCAUAUGAUAUUUUAAAAGUCAAUAUUAGAUAUACUCCAUCUUCACUUGAUUAAAUAGAAUAAUCUGAAAUUAUUUUUACAUCUCCAAUUCUCCAAUUGGAAAAUGGCAUUAUUUAGUGUUCAGUAAUGGUUUACCACCAACUAAAUUUCCAUCCACUACUGUAAGUAUAGGAUUAAAUAAAGAUUAUGGUUCUGUUGUACAUUUUAAAAAUCCAUUUAAAGAUUCAAUUAUUGUAAUUAAAUUGGAAACAGAAGGACAUAAUAAAGAAGUUUUUAAAUUAUUAAAUAGUAAAAAUGAU